AUGUCAGCCAUCCGUUUGAACCCCUUGGAGGUUGUGACACCACGCUCCACAGAGAUCAUUGUGGCCGUGGAGUGCCUCAAGGCGGGCCAGAAAGCUUGUACGGCAGACAGCAGUGGCAACAUUGGUACUGGCAACAAGGGCAAGAACAAGUUUGGCACCAAGAACGCCGGGGAUGACAAUAUCGGCAACUCCAAUGUGGGCAUGGCCAACUGGGAAAGCAACAAUAAGGGCACGAGCAAUUGCUGCUUUGACAAGACUGGUGAUCGCAAGAUAAUCAACGACUGCAGCCUGCUCGAGUUGCUCAACACUGGGGCCCCUCACUGGGAGCAUUGGCUAGCCAGUAAGAAGUUCACAUUCUCGGUGACGGCUGGGAUCGUCUCUCCAGACACCAUCAACUACGCGUUUUUCAAAACAGAUGGUACCCCGAUCUACAUGGGUUCCACUCUUUACAGUAGCGACCCGACCAGUUGGGAGGAGGAGCUGGAGAAUGACGCUGCAGCAUGGGCAUCCUUUGCCCAACUCAUCGAGGGCAGCCAUUCCCAGGAUCCUAUCCUCCUGGCAGAUCGGGCCAACGUGCAGUACAGGCUAAAGAACAUUGAGAAGGCCCUGGGGGAUGCGGCCUCGGCACUGGAGCUGGACCCCCGCCAGGUUCUGGCGCUCCACGUGAAAGGGCAGGCCCUUUUUGCGGAGGGUGACUUUUGCGCGGCGUUGCAAGCCUUUGAGCAGCUGGUGGUCCUAGAGCCUGCCAAGAGGGUGUACAAACAGUGGGUGGGAAUGUGCCGCGUCCGAUUGGGAGAGAAAAUUGCGCCCACCGAGGACAGCGAGGCCUUCUCCCUGGGGAAAGCACCCCAGGCCGUGCAGUCCCACCCCGUCAGCUCGCCAUCCAAGCCCAAGGCCGCCACCAUUGACGACGCCGAGUACGGCAAGUACUGGCAAACCAGCGCCGCGCCUGGGGGCACCGGCGGGGGUGGUGGAGCAGGGUUCUCAGAGCCCCAGCCCACCUACCGCCACCAGUGGUUCCAGACGGCCGAGAAGGUGGAGGUCGGCGUGCUUGCCAAGGGGCUCAAGGCCGAGCAGGUGGAGGUUGACAUCGCCGAGCGCCGGCUGCGUGUCCAGAUCCGGGACGUCUCUGGAAAGCAGGACUAUAACCUGGAUGUGCGGCUGGCGGGCCAGGUGGCGGCCUCCCAGUCGAGCUGGAGCGUGCUGGGAUCGAAGGUGGAGGUGGUGCUGGCCAAGGCCCACGCCCAGCAGUGGCCCCACCUCGCAGAGAGGCCACUUGCCGGCGGCGGGCCUGGCGUGGAUGAGAUGGGGACCAUUGCCGAUGCGUCCCUGGCCGCCCAGGAGGGUGCGGCCCCAGUCUAUCCCUAUGCUGGGAAGAAGGUGGACUGGGAUGCUGUGGAAGCAGCCGUGAAGGCUGAAGAGAAGCAGGAGCAGCCGGAAGGCGAUGCGGGGGUCAUGAAGUUCUUCCAGGAGCUCUACCAGAAUGGCGACGAAGACUUCCAACGAGCCAUGAUGAAGUCCUACGUCGAGUCAGGGGGCGUCGAGCUGUCCACCAACUGGAAGGAGGUGGCCAAGAAAGACUUCAAGGCCUCCAGGGCGAAACGCUGA